AUGUUUCGAAUAACCUCAUUGAUUUUGAGAACUUAUUCUCACAAUAAUUUGAUUAAAACUAAUUUAGCGAGAAGCUUCUCAUUAUCAGCUAUUAAAGCAACAAACAUGAAAUUAUCAGAAAUUGUUAAAAAGUUGGAAGAAUUUGGAAGCUUACAUUAUGCUGAAAAAUGGGAUAAUGUAGGGCUCCUUGUUGAACCUAGCAAUUCUUUCGUGGAUGUGUCAACAAUCAUGUUAACUAAUGACUUGACACAGCAUGUUAUGGAUGAAGCAAUCGCUAAGAAUGCAAACAUGAUAAUCAGCUAUCAUCCACCUAUAUUUCAAGGCUUAAAAAGACUGACAAACAGUCAAUGGAAGGAACGGAUCAUAAUUAAAGCAAUUGAAAAUAGAAUUUCAAUUUAUUCACCACACACUGUUUGGGAUAGCAUUUCUAAUGGAACAAGUGAAUGGUUAGCAAAUUCAGUUCCUAAUAAGACAAUGAAGCCAGUCAUUCCAAAUGUCUCAAACCCAGAUUUUGGUGCUGGAAGAGUUUGUCAAGUUGAUGGAUCUUUUUCACUAAAGCAAGUUGUUGAUCUGGUUAAAAAGUAUACGAAGCUUGAUGAUUUAAGAAUUGGAGUUUCUUUUACUGGAUCUUUGGAUUCUCAAAUCAAGUCAUUUGCAUGCUGUCCUGGAAGUGGUUCAAGUGUACUUAAAGAUGUAAAGGAAGACAUUGAUCUAUUCAUUACUGGUGAAAUGAGCCAUCAUGAGGUUCUAGAAGCUAAUUCAAACAAUAUCCAUAUUAUCAUGUUGAAUCAUUCAAACUCUGAGCGUGGCUACUUACAUCACUUCGUUCCAAUAUUAGCUGAUCUCUUAAAAACAACUGAUGUAGACAUUUUUGUGUCUGAAAAGGAUGAAGAUCCAUUGAAGACAAUAUAA